AUGCCACCAGACCGUCACACUGUAUUCCCGUUGGCAGUGGAGAAAAUGGCGCACUGCCAGCCCCAAAUAGCAACAUUGCCGCCGAGUAGACGACGAGUCGAUCUCCGUGCCGUUGAGCAGUCCUACAUUGAAGAACAAGCCCAGGAGCUAAAAAUUCCAAUUCGAAGCGUGUCACUUGCUCUCAACGAAAUCUAUCUCGGAGUUCCGUUCCAAAAUUGCCCGCAGGAGUCACCGAAACAGGGACUUGAAGUUGGAUAUGGGUUUCCCAAGUCAGCAAUGUAUCUAUUUCACAGUUGCAGCAGUGGUCUGAACUGUAACACUGUCGCAUCCUUCGCCAAACGGGGCCCGUCAAUUCGUUGCGCACGCCAACAAGGUUAUUUCUCACGUGCACCUGCCGUCUACUGGACCUCUACACUAUCCUUUGCGAUUGCUUGGGGUAUCUUCUCCAAGUAUGGCUCUUGGGACCUGAGGCAUCGACCAGGAGAGCCCGAGUUCGAGUGUCUGGUCUAUGUUGCGAAGGUGGAAUGGUCGUCGCUGAAUCUCUCAGGUGGCUACUACUGUAUUCCAGUGUCUUCCAACGCAGACCAGUCCGAAUUGGUUUAUGCCAGCCAGUCAUAA